AUGCAAUUCCUGUACAAGAGACUUGGCCUUGCCUCACUUGUAGCUUUUGUUGCCACAAUAAUUUUAAUGCUAGCAAAUGCUCCAUUGGUAAAACUACAGGAGGAAAUUCAAGUGAAAUUGAUGGAUUCAAAGGAUCAAAGGAUGAAGAUGACAUCUGAGGCUCUAAGGAAUAUGAGGAUUCUCAAGCUUCAGGGAUGGGAGAUGAAAUUCUUGGAUAAGAUAAUUGAGCUUAGGAAAUUUGAAACGAAAUGGUUAAAGAAGUUACUUUAUACAUCAGCUAUGGCUUCCUCUGUCUACUCGUCUACUCCCUUGUUUGUAUCUAUGAUUACUUUUGGUUCCUGUGGGCUUAUGCGAAUUCAAUUAGACUCGGGGAAGAUUUUAUCUGCACUUGCAACAUUUGCAAUGUUGCAAGGGCCCAUUUAUAAUCUCCCGGAUACAAUCUCCAUGGUACUUCAGAUUAAAGUCUCCCUUAAUAGGAUUACCUCAUUUCUUUAUCUUGAUGACCUUGAUCAAAAUAUAGUACAAAAGCUUCCAAGAGAUAGUGCCGAAGUUGCAGUUGAGAUAGUCAAGGGAAAUUUCUCUUGGGAUCUUCAUUCUCCUAAUCUUACAUUAAAAAAUCUUAAUUUUCGAGUGAAUCAUGGUAUGAAAGUAGUUGUUUGUGGUUCUGUUGGGUCAGGUAAGUCAAGCCUACUUUCAUGCAUAUUGGGGGAAGUGCCAAAGGUAUCUGGAGCUAUUAAGUUAAAGGGGACAUUGGCCUAUGUGGCACAAUCACCUUGGAUACAAAGUGGCAAGAUAGUAGACAAUAUAUUGUUUGGUAAGGAGAUGAAUAAGGAAAGGUAUGAGAUGAUCCUUGAAGCCUGUUCAUUGAAGAAGGACCUAGAAUUGUGUCCCUUUGGGGAUCAGACUAUCAUAGGGGAGAGGGGGAUCAACCUGAGUGGUGGACAAAAACAAAGAAUCCAGAUUGCACGUGCUUUGUACCAUGACGCUGAUAUUUAUCUACUUGAUGAUCCUUUUAGUGCUGUUGAUGCUCACACAGGAACUCAUCUAUUUAAGGAGUGCUUGCUGGGAAUUUUGGGUUCAAAAACAAUAAUUUAUGUGACCCACCAAGUAGAGUUUUUUACUUUUGCUGAUCUUAUCUUGGUGAUGAGAGAUGGAAAGAUUACUCAGGCAGGAAAGUAUGAAGAAAUUCUUAGUUCAGGAAUUGAUUUUAUGGAUUUAGUGGGUGCACAUAAGAAAGCUUUGACAAAACUUAAUUUUGUCGAACAUGGGGCUGUUUUGGAUAAUUUAAUCAAUGACAAGGAAGAUGGCAAUAUGUUGUGUACUGAGAAAUCUAUUCAAGAUGAUGAAGUAAUUGAAUCUAAAAACUAUAAAACAGAAAAAACGAUUGAACCGAAAGGGCAGCUUGUCCAAGAAGAAAAGAGAGAAAAUGGUGGAGUUAAUCCUUCAGUUUAUUGGAAAUAUGUUACAGCUGCAUAUAAAGGGGCUUUUAUACCAUUGAUACUUCUGGCGCAAAUUCUUUUUGAGUUUCUCCUAAUAGUCAGUAGUUAUUGGAUGGUGUUGGAUAAUCCUGUUUCAGAGGAUGUAAGACCUCAUGUUAAAGGAUCCAGUCUCAUCUUUAUCUAUAUUGCUUUAACCCUUGGAAGCUCUCUUUGUACAUUUAUAAGGUCCAUGCUCACUGUAAUUACUGGGUACAAGACAUCCACUUUGCUCUUCAACAAAAUGCAUUUAUGCAUUUUUCGUGCUCCCCAGUCAUUUUUUGAUUCUACUCCAAGUGGAAGGAUUCUAAAUCGGGUAUCCAUAGAUCAAAGUGCAGUUGAUACCUCUAUUCCACAUAAAUUUGAAGAACUUCUGAUCUCAGUCAUAAAAUUCCUAGGAACUAUUGCAGUAAUGUCACAAGUUGCAUGGCAAAUGUUGAUCAUUUUUAUUCCGAUGAUUGUGGCAUGCAUUUGGUAUCAGCAAUACUACAUAUCUGCAGCACGAGAGCUGUCACGACUGACUGGAGUAUGCCAAGGUCCAAUUACACAACAUUUUGUUGAAUCUAGUUUGGGUUCAACCACAAUCAGAUGUUUCAAUCAAGAAGAGAGGUUUUUGGACACAAACCUCAAGCUGGUGGAUGGGUAUUUCCGGCCUAAGUUUUAUUUCUCUGGUGCAAUAGAGUGGUUAUGCUUACGCAUGGAUAUGUUGGCAUCCAUCACAUAUGCCAUAUUUUUGGUUUUUUUGAUCUCGGUGCCAAAGGGAGUACUCGGUCCUGUCACAUAUGGGCUUAGAUUCAGUAUGUAUGGGGUCAUAUGGGAUCUUUGUGGUCUUGAGAACAAAAUCAUAUCUAUUGAGAGAAUAUUACAGUAUGCCUACAUCCCUAAUGAAGCCCCUUUGUUGGUAGAAGAAAAUAAGCCAAGUCAUGAAUGGCCUUCACAAGGAAAAAUUGAUAUUGUUGAUCUACAGGUUCGAUAUGCCCCACAUCUUCCUCUUGUCUUGCGAGGUCUCACAUGCAGUUUACCUGAAGGGAUUAAGAUUGGUAUCGUUGGAAGAACAGGAAGUGGUAAAUCAACUCUCAUUCAGGCUCUUUUCCACAUGCUUGAACCUACAGCCGGUCAGAUUUGGAUAGAUGGUAUCAACAUCUUUAAAAUUGGCCUUCAUGACUUGCGGUCAAGAUUGAGCAUCAUCCCGCAAGACCCAACAAUGUUUGAAGGGACUCUAAGAAGCAAUCUUGAUCCGCUUGAAGAUUACACUGAUGAACAGAUAUGGGAGGCAUUAGAUGCAUGCCAACUUGGUGACGAAAUUAGAAAGAAAGAAGGGAAGCUUGAUUCUCCAGUGACUGAGAAUGGAGAGAAUUGGAGCAUGGGUCAGAGACAACUAGUCUGUUUAGGACGGGUGUUACUCAAGAGAAGCAAAGUGUUGGUACUCGAUGAAGCUACUGCAUCAAUAGAUAUUGCGACUGACUAUCUAAUUCAACAAACGCUUAGGCAACACUUCUCAGGGUCUACUGUCAUCAUAAUCGCGCAUAGAAUAACAUCAAUUCUUGAUACUGAUAAGGUCCUCCUCCUCGAUAAUGGUUAG